GUUCUUCAACGACAGUCCAGUUUCUCUUUCCUCGCUGACCGACGGCGCUCAUCUGCGGUGGCCGGUGACUUCGCCGGAUGUGAAUCCCCCCCUCCCGGUCCCCGUAGCCACGCGCCCUUGCCCUCUGUCCGCCUCGUACCCUGCGCCCUCCCUGCUUGCCGGCGACGGCUUGGGCAGCCUCUGCUCCGUCGCCAAUCCUCAGUGAUUUUUGGCAAAAUGGAUCCUGAAGAUCUCAGUGACUCGGAGGAAGAAGAUGAUGAGAUGAUGCUACUCAUUUUGCCAGCUUUAUAUCUGGCUUCUGCUGGGUACGAGGCAAAACGUACACGAUAUCGCAGUGGCGCAGAAUGGAUAUGCGAAGUUCUUGAAGACGAACGAGGUCAGGGCUAUCCGAAACUUUGGAUUGAACCUCAUGUUCUCCGUGAAUUUUCACAGUAUGUUAGGUCAAAACAUCUCCUGCGGAAUACAAGAGGUGUUUCUGUGGAAGAGCAGAUCGGCAUGUUUGUGUACAUGCUCUCACGAAACGCUAAUUUUGACCAACUAAGUGAUAGAUUUGAGCGCAGCAGAGAGACCAUCCAUAGACAUAUCAAGGCAUGCUUUGAUGCGAUCGUCUCACUGAAAGGUGACUUUGUGAAGCAUCCUGGAACUAAGACUCAUUGGAAAAUAUUAUCUGAUCCGCAUUUCGGGCCAUACUUUGAGAACUGUAUAGGAGCAAUCGAUGGAAUUCAUUUCCCGUUGACAAUAUCAGAUAGGGAAGCGGCUCCAUAUCGAAAUAGAGAAGGAUCCAUCACUCAAAAUGUUAUGCUUGCUUGUGAUUUUGAUCUCAAUUUUGUCCAUGUGUCCUCUGGCUGGGAAGGCUCUGCACCUGAUGCAGAGGUCUUGCAUUCUGCCAUAGAAUCUGGAUUUCAAGUUCCAAGAGGCAAAUAUUAUUUGGUAGAUGGGGGUUAUCCGAACACUCCUUCUUUUCUUGCUCCUUAUAGCGGGAUCCCUUACCAUAUCGAAGAGCAGGAGCAGAGAAGUUGCCCAGCAAGAGACUACAAGGAGUUGUUCAACCUUCGCCAUGCACAACUGCAUGGCCAUAUAAAAGAUGCUAUAGGUCUAUUAAAGAUGAGAUUUCCAGUUUUAAAGGUUGCGACAUCAUACCGGUUAGAGACUCAACUGAAAAUUCCAGCAGCGGCAGUGGUGUUGCAUAACAUAAUUCAGAGGCAAGAAGAUGCUGAAGGACCCUCAGUUAACCAAACAAUCCCAAUCGAUACCCGUGAAAGUGGGAAUGCCGCACAUGGCCAUGUUGUUUCAGCACUCAACAAUCAGUGUGACACGGGCGGUGCUUUAAGAGACGAUAUUGCAAAGAGGAUGUGGGCAGAUUACGUAAUAAAUAUGUGAUUUUUCAUAUUUCUUACGCACCGAAGGUAAAAAAGAGGAAAGGAUGUACAAGUCCUCUAAAGCCUUUGGGGUUUGCCUAGACUGACACAAGAGAAGUGGGCAGCCUGAAGGAAGAAUCAAAUCAAUGGAAAACAAUCCUCAAUUUCGAUGUCUCAUGAUGCUUCUUGUUUGAAGAAUGCUUCGUACUGGUAGAUUUUUUCUUCUUCUUUUCUCUGAAUCAAGACUCCAAGAUUUGUAGUAAAGUUGGGAUUGGACGUGUUAAUGCGGGUUUUGACUGCCUGGUCUGACUCUGCUUUUGUUGCUUAGGCUUCAAGACAUGUAUCAGCAGCAAAGUUUAUGUUGACCCCUACUUUCUUUGCAAUUCUUAUCAUCGAUCA